AUGGUGUCGAUGUCGGCGAAGGGUGUGGUGACGUACUUGGAGGCGUGUCCCAAAGUCCGCCGGAUCGACGAUGUCGUCCCGGAAGAGGUGGUUGACAGCCAUGCCACUGAUACAUGUGAUGGCGUGCCACUUAGCCGGUGGAAAGCAGUGCUGCACCGGCAGGCGUCGCAGAAGUCUCACCGCCGCGCGGGCGCCUACGUCAUCGGCGCUCCAGCUCUGCCUCAGGUGCCGUCCGUGUCCAUUCUUCGCGAGCAGCCCCACCUGCCGUGUUGGUUACCCGUGGCCGUCCUCGGUUGUUGGACCAUGGUGUGGUGGUCGUGGUUGUUGAUGCAGCUGGCGGUGUGGAGCUGCGCCGGCGUGGCGGCGGUGCUGUGGUGGCUGUGGGUCACCAGACCCCGUGUGGACGUUCCAGGGCCGGCCACGCUGCCCAUCAUCGGGAACAUUCUGGACUUCCGCGAGGUUCCGGUGACCCUACACAAGUUUAGAGAACUCCACCACCGGUAUGGAGACUUGACUAGGUUCUACCUGGGUCCAAUUCUGGUGGUGGUUGUGGCGCACCCGGACGAUGUGCAGCAGAUCCUGCUGACGUCCAAGAUGGUGGACCGCGACCCCUUCACCACCCAUGCCAUGCGGGUCUUCGCCGGUGAUGGGAUACUCGCCACCAGUGGUGACCGCUGGAAGACCCAACGGAAACACGUCAGCCACACGUUCCACUCUGAGCUGAUGGAGGGCUACCUCCAUGCGUUCCACGAGGGCGGACUGCUCCUGAGCGAACGCCUGGCUAGGACCAGAGGCGCCGUCACCCUACUCUACCCUCCAGUGCUCCUGGCAGCCGUCCGGAACGUCUUAAGUACCAUCAUCGGCAUCGACCCAGACCUGCUGUUACCAGAUGCCUUGGCAGAGGAGGAGCUGUCUGCCGCCAUGAGCGAUGCCAUGGCCACCAUCCAGAUGAUGAUAGUGCGGCCGUGGCUGCAGAGCAAGUUCCUGCUGAAGAUGACUUCCAAGGGCCGUGGCCUGUUCAAGUACACGCAGCUGCUGCAGGACUGGGCCAUGAAGUGCAUCGCCAUGACGUCGACGACCACGGACGAGGAACCUGCCACAAAGCACCUCAACCUGACCGAAUCUCUCGUAAAAAGAGGCGGGCAGACCAUGAUGCCACUCAGCGAGGCUCGGGAUGUGAUCAUGAACGUGAUAGUGGCCGGCAGCGAGGCGAUGUCGGUGUCCGUCAGCUUCGUGCUGGCAGUGCUGUCCCUGCAGCCAAAGUGGCAGCAUGCGGUCCACCAGGAACUGAGGGCCGUGUUUGGUGAGGGCGACGAGUACCUGCGCCCCGCCAGCCUCGCAGACCUGACCGACCUCAGGGUGCUGGACAGCGUCAUCAAGGAGACACUACGCCUGUUCCCGGCGGUCCCGCUGAUCCCUCGGGUUGCCUCGAAGGACCUCUGGCUGUCGAAGGGUCAGGUCCUGGUCCCUAAGGGCACCCUGCUCUUCGUGUUGUCCUUCCUCACACACCGCCUGCCGGAGUUCUUUCCGGACCCACUGAGGUUCGACCCUUCGCGCUUCCUCGAGGGCUGCGGGGUUAAGGAGCACCCGUGCAGCUACCUACCAUUUGGGGUUGGCCCGCGCAACUGCGUGGGCUACCAGUAUGCCCGCCUGGAGCUGAAGGCCACGCUGGCAGAUGUCCUGAGGCGCUUCCGCUUCCUGCCACACACCACCUGGGAGGACCUGGAAGGCGGCACGCUCUCUGUCACCCAGCACCCCGUCAAGCCGAUCAGAGUUUCCUGCGUGCCUCUGCAGCGACCUGUCGCAUGUGAAUAGUACCCUUCAUACUGAUCGAACCAAGGUCUUCCUGACCAGUAUCCUGAGGCACUACUCCCCCCUGCUGCACAGGCACUUUGAGGAUGUGAACGACGAUGCACUCCCUGUCACCCUACACAAUGUCAGUCUGAUAAGCUGCUGCUGCCAUUCCUCUCUCUGCAUGUCAUAGCACCCUUAACACAAUUUAGAUCAAGGCACACAUAUAUUAAUGAUGUUACCUACCAGUCGGCAUUGAUUUAUAUCAGUAGGGCAAGUCUGACCUAAGUUUCUGGGAUGCAAUGACUACUACGCCAUACAAGUGAUAUAAAUCAACGCUCUGGCAGACAAUGCCUUUAAAUUCUGUGUGUCUUGAGUCAUAGUGUCUCCAGGUUUCAACAUGGUGUCCGUUUUUUCAGA